AUGCUUGCCAGCAUUCUCAUCGCAGCAGCUAUCUCCGUGGCGGCGGCACCACAGCUGGCAAUACGUGACCAAGUCGACGUCACCGCCGCCUGCACAAGCUUCCAGGUCUACGCUGGCUGUCAGCUGAUCGCAGCCUGCUCUUCGACGGGCAAGAAGGGUGACGGCGGUCAGAUCAAGGACACCACGCUGCCUUUGAGCCGGUGUUUGGCCGUCAACUCAACAAGCCUAGGGUUUGAAUGGAGGGAGAAGUCGGUCCCGCUCGAGGCUUCGGGAUCGUGUGUUCCCUGUGAAAGUUCGUGCAAGGUCAAUUCAGAUUCGGGAGAGCUUGCUUGCUCCUGCUUCGAUCAGGCGCGGCCAGAGAUGGGGACCAGGCAAGCCACGAUAGGGUUAAAUGGCCACGUAUUUAGCAAAGACGGUGUGCUGGGAUGCUUGGAUGUUACGGGCAGUCCUUACAGUGCGCCUUGAGCACUGGUCUUGAGUGGCUUUCAUCAUUCUUUAUUUGUGACCAAUUAAUUUGGGCAGGUGCCAGUACAUACCAUGUAGCUAGUCUUUUGGAGAACC